CCUCCUCCUGUCCUGUUUGUUUCUGCAAGAACCUUGCUUCCCAGAAUGCUUGGCGAGGUUGACCACCAAGAUGGCUGACGCUAUGGAUGAUUAUGAGAAAGAAGCUGGAUGUGUCCCCAUUCUCCAUCCAGAGGAACUGAAGCCCCAGAGCCACUAUAACCAUGGCUACAGCGAGAACGUGGGACGCAAGAGCCAUGUGGAUGACUACAGCACCUGGGACAUCGUCAAAGCCACACAGUACGGGAUCUUCGAGCGAUGCCGAGAGUUGGUGGAGGCGGGCUACGACGUGCGUCAGCCGGACAAAGAGAACGUCACACUCCUGCACUGGGCGGCCAUCAACAACAGGAUAGACUUGGUCAAGUACUACAUAUCUAAAGGUGCUAUAGUGGACCAACUUGGGGGUGACCUCAACUCCACCCCACUGCACUGGGCUACCAGACAGGGCCACCUCUCCAUGGUGGUGCAGUUGCUAAAGUAUGGUGCUGACCCCUCCCUCAUCGAUGGGGAGGGCUGCAGCUGUGUCCACCUGGCCGCCCAGUUUGGACACACCUCGAUUGUGGCCUACCUCAUUGCCAAGGGACAGGAUGUGGACAUGAUGGAUCAGAAUGGCAUGACCCCCCUGAUGUGGGCAGCUUACAGGACACACAGCGUGGACCCCACCCGGCUGCUGCUGACCUUUAACGUGUCGGUGAACCUGGGGGACAAGUACCACAAGAACACUGCGCUGCACUGGGCCGUACUGGCCGGCAACACCACCGUCAUCAGCCUGCUGCUGGAGGCCAACACCAACGUGGAUGCCCAGAACAUCAAGGGGGAGACACCUCUUGACCUUGCAAAGCAGAGGAAAAACGUCUGGAUGAUCAACCACUUACAGGAGGCCCGACAAGCCAGGGGCUACGACAGCCCGUCCUACCUGAAGAGACUCAAGAUGGAUAAGGAGUUCAGACAGAAGGUGAUGCUGGGGACCCCGUUCGUGGUCAUCUGGCUGGUGGGCUUCAUCGCCGACCUGGACAUCGACUCCUGGCUCAUCAAGGGCCUUAUGUAUGCCGGGAUGUGGAUCUCCGUGCAGUUCCUCUCGAAGUCCUUCUUUGACCACUCCAUGCACAGUGCCCUGCCCCUGGGUAUCUAUCUGGCCACGAAGUUCUGGAUGUACAUCACCUGGUUCUACUGGUUCUGGAAUGAUCUGCCUCUGGUCACUGUCCACCUCCCGUUCCUGCUCAACAGUGUGGCGCUCUUCUACAACUUCGGCAAGUCGUGGAAAUCUGACCCGGGCAUCAUCAAAGCCUCUGAAGAGCAGAAAAAAAAGACAAUUGUGGAGCUGGCAGAAUCAGGAAGCCUAGAUCUAAGCAUAUUCUGCAGCACCUGCUUGAUACGGAAGCCCAUCAGGUCCAAACACUGUGCUGUGUGCAACCGCUGCAUCGCUAAAUUUGACCAUCACUGUCCUUGGGUUGGCAACUGCGUAGGCGGUUUCCUCCUCCUCAUCAUCUUCCUCUUAUUUCUCCUCCUCCUCCUCCUCUUGCGUUCUCCAGACUGGCGAAUCCACUGUGCCACCAACUACCACAAGGACGGCUUCUGGGUGUACCUGACACAGAUCGCCUCCUGCUCGCCCUGGAUGUUCUGGAUGUUCCUCAACAGCAUUUUCCACUUCAUGUGGGUGGCCGUGCUCAUCAUGUGCCAGCUGUACCAGAUUGCCAUUCUUGGGAUCACCACAAAUGAGAGGAUGAACGCCAGAAGAUACAAGCACUUUAAAGUCACGGCCACGUCCAUCGAGAGCCCCUUCAAUCACGGAUGCAUGAGGAACCUCAUAGACUUCUUUGAGCUGCGCUGCUGCGGCCUGCUGCGGCCUUUGGUGGUGGACUGGACCACGCAGUACACAAUAGAGUACGACCAGUCGUCCGGCUCAGGCUACCAGCUGGUGUGAUGCUGGUGUGAAGAGAGAGAGAGAGUGCGAGAGAGAGCGAGACAGCGCAGCAGGACGCACGGAUGAUGAGCGAGAGCAGGACUGCGGGAAGGAGGGAGGAUUCGGGUGUGUUUGUUUUUCUCCCCCGACUUUUGUUUUCCUUUUUUUAUAUAUAUAUAUAUAUAUAUAUAUAUCGUCGUCAUCCUCCUACAAGCAUAUCAGAGCAAGGCUGCAUCUAGAGAGCAAGGGGAUGGAGAGACUGUGUGUGUGUGUGUGUGUGCGUGUGCGUGCGUGCGUGCGUGCAUGCGUGUGUAUGAUGGGGGAACUGGGGAGUUAAGACUGGACCAUCUCUCUUCAUCAGAACAGAAGCAAGUUCUCAGCCUACAAGCAACUACCACGCAUCGUUUGUCGUCUUUCAUUGUUUGUUUUUGUUCUAGUUGUUGUUGUAUUAUUUUGUUUGUUUUGGUAUUAUUGCUUGGCCGGAGUCCCCAACCCACAGCUCCACCAUUGGUCACCACCCUCAACAGCAGCAGCAGCAGCGCCACCACCUGACCACCCCGAGUGGUCGCAGCAGAUCCCCUCUCCCCAGGCUUCCUCCGGCUCCCCCCUCAUCCCAAAUGCCAUGUGUUGUCGGCGCCAUCUUGGCCCUCCCUCUCCUCCGCAAACCCCCAAUGACUGCACCUCAACCAGAGGGCCAAAGCCAGGGGAGGGAUGGAGGAAGAGGAGGCAGAAGAGGAAGAGGAGGGGUCAAAUAAAAGGGAUUUUUGUGUUUUAUUUGUUUUUGUUUUUGUUUUUUUCCACCAUCCACCGGAGUAGGGAGCAUGACUUAACAUGUAUGUGUUUGUAUGUUUGUUGUUCUAAAUGUCUUUUUCGUUCGGUUGGCCCUGGCAGAGUUUCGUUUAUUGUUUCGAUUUGUCUUUCUGAAUGCAGUCUUGGAACACGAUUGUUCUGCAAGAGGCUUCGCAGUAUGGGGCCCCAAGUUGAUAUGAACUGAAGUGGUGCUGGGGUGUCAAUGAAAGCUCCUUAUUGGUCUUUUCACUCCUUAUUGCCACUGGGAUUGCGAUCAGUACCUUGUUCUAGUGGUCCCUCAUUUCUCCAUCACACUGUCCAGUCCUGUCCCCCACAGUGUAGUGAAACCAACGUUUUUGUCCUUAGGGUGGGUGGUGGGGGGGGGGGGGGGGGUUUGUUUUUGUAUCGAUUACUGAGGCGUAAGGCAAGGUCGUCUCCGUGGCGUCAAAUUGCAGCCAUCUCCUGCUCUGAAAAAUGUGAUGCAAGCGUAUUUAUUUUUUAAAAGCUAUUUAUAGAGAAUUAUGUGGAAAGGAUUUGUCAUGGUACUGUUUGGUUCUUUUACCAGGAUGUCAUUUUUAAGAUUUUGUUUUAUCCUCUUUUUUUUUUUUUUUUUUUAAAUGAGUUGGAGCUGUCUAGUUCUCUGGUUUGAGUGUUCUUGAGAAUUAUGUAUUCUCAUGCCCUCACAGUGUAUAACUUAAGAAAUCAACUACACAUAUUGUACAGUUAAUAUUUAUUAAUAUAUGCAUAGAUUUAGGAACAUAGACACAAGCAAUUCUCUGGCCCCAUAUACAGAGGGGGUUGAGCCGGUCUCUUUUGGAUUUCAAUGGUUGUCUCCAAAACAGAAUUCCUCGCAGAUGGUUGUUUACAGGGUCCAUUCUGUGUUUCAUGAUCACUUCCCGCCCUCCCCGCGUUUCCAGCCAGAGCUUCAAAGGUUUUGCUCUGUUCCUUGUUCUUAUGGUGGUAUGUUUUGUUUGUCAUUUUUCAUCGGUUCUCUUUUUUUUUUUCCUUCAUUUCAUUGGUCGGCCGAAGACAAUGCACUGAUCAGCUUUGGUUUGUCUCCACGGUUACUGACGAGGAGAUUUCGUUUUUUCCUCUUCCUACCGGCGCCCGAGAAAUAUUACCAUGUUUACAGAGAGUGAGGAAUUGGUGGGAGGGGGGUUGUGUGUGUGUGUGUGUGUGGGGGGGGGGGGGUCCUUAAUUCUUAAAAGAAAUACGGGACCACCCGUUUUACCCACCUCCCAGGAACCUUGAGGGUCACUCGUCACUCCCUCCUGCCAGAGGACUUGGCCGCAGCCACCCGAAAGAACUAUUAAAUACAACGAAUGUGCAUCUGUAUAUAGACAAUGAUAUAGUUACUACUCUUUUUUUCUGUCUGUGAGUGAAUGAUUUUUUUCUUUCUUUUUUUUGUUCUUUUAUUUUAUCAGUGUUAGUUCCAGCUGCUCCUUAUUUUUUUUAUAUGAUUUCACUCUACCAAAAAAAAGAAAGGAAAAAAAAAAAACUAACAAAAAAUCUACUUAUAAUCUGAUAAGUGUAUGACUGUAGCUUUUAGUGAUGUCCGACACUGCUGUCUAUAGGCAUUUUAUCCUGCAAAAAGAAAAAAAAGGAACGAAAAAUCGACAAAAAAGAUUUGAAACUCCACUGCAUGUGAGCUGCUUGGACCCCAAGGCUGUCCUUAUGCCCAGAGGUCCAGGCUAUCUUUCCCGUCACAACAGCCCAGCAAGCUCUGUGUCUGUAAAUAUUAAAUGUUCAGUAUUUUGCCAGUAUGUGUCUUUUUUUUUUUUCCCUUUGGUUUUCAUUUAUUUUUCUCUUCCAUGUUUGGGAAUCCAGUGUUUGUAUCUUUCAGUGCAAGUUGUCAUCAAUCCACAGGUGGCAGUUACCCCCCUCAGUCAGAACCCUGUGACAGCGUUGUAAUAUAUUUGAAUGUUCCAUACUUGUCGAUAAAAAGUCAAAACAAAGGGUUUUCUUUUUUUACGUCAUAUUGCUGGGUUUGUUAUACCACUGGAUGUACAAAUUGUAAAGCAAGAUGCAAGAGAAAUAGUGAACACAAGCAAAUAUUUUUUUUUCCCCUCCAUUUUCGCAGAGUCCUAACAUUAAGUCUUAUCCAAAGUAACACUCAAAAACAAAGUUAUCCCAGCUUUUUGCUCACUCUUUAACGUCUGCAUCAACGGUAAUAGAGGCAUUGUACCCUAAAUCAGAGGGCCACGUCGUCUUGCCGUCUAUUCUAGAAAUGAACUCCACCGUGUAUCGCUUUCAUCUUUCUUUCUGUCCCACCAUAUCAAGAGACCUCUGGUCUUGUCCUAAACCUGGACCAGUGUCCUCCUGCGGUUCUUCCAAGAGACUACUUGGUUUGGCCUCCUGUCUUCUUCCCCCCCCCCCCCCCCCCCACCAUGUGGAAAAAGCACAUGAUCCCUGUCAGUGCCUCUGCACCUUUCUUUAGGACAUCACUGUAAACUUUGCUUCAGAUGUAAACAUAUUGGGCAUGGUUAAAUUUUAAUGGCUUUAAUAAAAAAAAGACAAAACAUUCAAA